CUUUUGCUGAGCUUUUGGACUGCUUCCAGUGGGAGUUUGUUUGACCUCCACGUCACUCAUUUACUCAAUAUUUAUGCCAGCCAGCCAGCCAGCCAGCCAGCGACCACUCACCCUGACCACGAUCAGUCGAUGUGGUUGUCUGGUUUCCCACUGACUGUCGAUUGUCCGUCGAUUAAGACACCGACACCGACAGUUGGCUCAGCUGUAUUACAUCCCCGACGACUACUGUGCAGUCUGGCUUCCUACAACUAGACAACCCUCCGGUCCCUAUCUACAUAACGAGAGCCCCAAUCCUUGAGUCAUUCCUGCUCACGCAGUGGGGGUCUAUAAACAGCCGGAUAUCUAGCUGGCUCCCAUGCACCCUCUGCGCCUCAUCCCUGGACUCCUAGCAGCCUCUCCGUACUCGCUGCGAGCCAUGUCAUCCGCCGUCGACGCGCCGUCUUACGUCGAGCUCCCCGCCACGUCGCGCCAUUCCGCGACGGUCAUUCUGCUCCAUGGACUAGGUGACUCGGGCAACGGACUCAAGCCGGUCGCCGCGCACCUCCAGUCCCAGGCCGGCCUGGGACACUGCAAGUUCAUCCUCCCCAACGCACCCAUCCGCCCCGUGACGGUCAACGGCAACCGCCUCACGCCGGCGUGGUUCAACACGCGCUCGUUCAGCCCGCCGAGCGCGGACUUCGAGGAGGACCAGCUGCACACGCUGGCGUCGAUCGAGAAGCUCAUCGCCACGGAGCUCGGCGCGGGGCCCGUGACGGAUCCCGCGCGCAUCGUGGUCGGCGGGUUCUCGCAGGGCGGCGUCAUGUCUGUCCUCGUCGGCGUCGUCUCAGAGAUCAGGAUUGCGGGCAUCGCCGUGAUGAGCGGGCGGCUGCCCCUGAGGAACGCGGCGAUGGAGUUCCCGCGGCUCAAAGAGCUUGCGUCGCCCCACGCGUCGUCGCUGGCUGUGUGGUGGGGCCACGGCCUCGCGGACGAGAUGCUCAAGGUCGCGUUCGCGGAGACGGCCGUGUCGUUCCUGACGAACGAGAUCGGGAUCCCCCGGGACGGCAAGUCUGGGUUGGUUUUCCGCACGUACCCGGGUCUGGGCCACGGCAUCGGCGCGGAGGAGAUGAGGGACCUGGGACACUGGCUGGAGGGUAUCUUGCCCGCGGAGUAA